GAAGAAGGAAGCGUUUUUACUGCGCUCGCUCGAGAAAAAAAAAAUUAUUGUGUAAUAAAAAAAAUUAUUAUUUGUGAGUCACAAAGGAAAACUUUCGAAAAAAUAAUUUAGAAAAAUUGUGGAAAUAAAAAAUUUGAACUCAAAAAAAGUUAUUAAAACUGACCGAAAAAAAAACAAAGAAAAAAAAGUCAUCAUGUCUCGUGCAUUUUAUAUACCGCCGCAAACACAAAACAUGAAUAAUUCCGUCGGAAAUUCUGAACUUGUCGACAUUCUGAUUGCGACACUAAUUUCACUGCUAAGAAGAAGAAAUCAAUGUACAAGAAGGUGUUGUGCUAGAAAUUUACAUCGCCAUGAGAGUCAUAACUUCACAAGAAGCAUUUAAACGAACAGCACAGAAACCAAAAGAGAACAGAAAUAACAAACAAUUCAUCACAUUCACCCAAUGUGAGGCUCUUUAAAGCACCCUUCCCAAAGUCAUCGAUGCGUUGACGACGGAAACGUGAAAUUAAUGAGUUAAGCUAUAGAAAUUAAGAAUGAAAAAAUAAGUAAAAAAUAAAUAAUAAUUAUUUAAAAUCAAUUAACACAACAAAAAAAAAAUCGAUGUAAUUCAAUUAUUUACUUAAUGUCUGUAAAUUAAAUUAAUAAUAAAUGAAAUAUAGUUAA